AAUAAGAAUUUCAAAACGGAGCUUUUCCCUCUCACAUCCAUAAACAUAAACCAUAGAUUUUGAAAAUGUACAAGUAACACUGAAAAUCACAUUCGAAGCUUUCAGCAAAAAUUCACAAUGGACAAGAAGCUUUGUUCAUCUCUCAAUUCUUCACCACAAGAAUUCAUCUCUUUAGCCACAACCCUAACCUUAAAAUCCUCUAAAUCCUCUCUCAAAACCCUAAUUCAUUCAAUCAAACCCUCUUCCAAUCUCAUUUCUUCUCUCCCUCCCUCUCUCUACGAAUCUAUCACCACCACAAUCCAAUCCUUCCUCAAUCUUCUCGAAUUGAACAAUUCCGAAAAUCCCCAAACCCCUCCCACCGCCACCCUCCGUCGCUCUUCCCGCAAAAACACCACCGCCACCACCGAACCCAGUUCCCAAUCCGAUGAAAAACAUAAACUUCUCGAAAAACUUCAAAUUCUCGCUCACAUUUUGUUCCUAUGCGUUUCGCAUCCGAGAAAGGUUUUUGAUUUUUCUGACUUGCUACCUGGAGUUCAAGCAUUGCAUGAUAAUUUGAUUGUUUUGGAAGCGGAUUCGAUUUUGUCUUCUGGGAUUGAGACUAUAUGUGAAGAAUGGUGGAAGGAGAAUUUACCGGAGCGCGAAUCGUUGAUUUCUCAGACAUUACCUUUUGUUCUAUCAAGGUCGUUGACAUUGAAGAAAAAAGUGGAUGUGCAUAGGGUUUAUAUGUUUCGCGAGGCUUUCGCGUUGUUUGAUUUUGAAGAUGAGAGUAUUGAGGAUUUGAAACUGUUGUUGAACCGGUGUGUGAUUUCGCCUUUGUAUUUGAAAACAGAAGAUGGAAGAAAGUUUCUGGCUUUUUUGUUUGGGUUAAGUGAUCAGCUUGGGAAGGAGCUUUUGGCGAUGAUUCGUUCGCAGAUUCCGUUUGGAAGGAAGUCGAUGUUGGAGGCUUAUGGGGAUAUAUUGUUUCGAGCAUGGAAAGCUGCGCCAGAAGAUUCAAGGAGUGGAAUUGAGGAUGGGUUCUUGCAGGAUUUGAUUGAGGGUUCUAUUCAUGCAAGUUCUGGAGUUUUUGCUUUGUAUAUUAGAAGGGUUUUGGGAGGGUUUAUUAAUCAGAGGACCGUUGAUGGGGUUGAGAAACUACUCUAUCGACUUGCCGAGCCAGUCAUAUUUCGGUCUCUGCAGGCUGCAAACUCAAAUGUUCGACAGAAUGCUUUGCAUCUGCUUUUGGACAUAUUCCCCCUUGAAGAUCCCGAUGCCUCAAAAGAGGAUAAGGAUAAAUUGCUUGAUAAGCAGUUCUUUUUGUUAGAAAAGUUGCUUGUUGACGAUUGUCCAGAAGUUAGAACAAUUGCUGUUGAGGGUUCUUGUCGUGUCCUUCAUCUAUUUUGGGAAAUUAUUCCAUCACCAAUUAUAACAAAGAUGCUUACAAAAGUAAUUAGUGACAUGUCUCAUGAUGUAUGCAACGAGGUAAGGCUUUCUACAUUGAGUGGCAUCAUUUAUUUGCUUGACAAUCCCCACUCUCAUGAAGUCCUUAAGGUGCUCUGUCCAAGACUGGGUCACUUAAUGCUGGAUAAUGUCCUCACAGUACAAGUCGCUAUGGCAGAGCUCUUGCUCCAUCUAAAUGAUGUUCAAAAUUUUCAGUUUAACAAGGUGGUGGUUCUUGAUGUGCUUAUGUCUGUGCUUGCCAGUGAUCAACCUCCUGUAGCUAAGAAGCUAACAAAACUGCUUAUACCUUCGUACUUUCCCUCAAUAGUGCCCAUUGAGGAGGCAUGUAAUCGCUGCAUUACACUUGUAAAAAGGUCUCCAAUGGCUGGUGCAAUAUUUUGCAAGUAUGCCGUCUCGGAAGGAGCGUCUAAAACUCAUCUUAUGGAACUGGUCAAAGUAUUCCUGAGUUUGGUUUUGUCACAGGAUAAGCUGAAUGCAGAUCAGAUAGAGGGCUUUCUUAUUGCUGCUAGCUAUCUUUGUGAUAACUUGGUCAGUGAACUGUGCUAUAUGGAUGCCCUCAAAGAGUUACUUACUGCAGAGAAAGUGGAAGGUUUACUAACUGGGGCAUCCACAGAACAAGCUCAAUCAUCUUUAUUCAACAUUUUCUCCACUGUCUGUCCAGAUAAUGUUGCAGGACUUCUUGAAGAGUGCAUGAGUGUUGUCACAAACUGCCAUGGUUUACCCGAAGAUGUUGAUCGCCAAUCUAAAAUUAGGUCUGCACAUAAGUUGUUGCUUUCUUUGGGAGGUUUUGAUGACAUGUUUGAAGCCUUAACAACCCUACUGCAUAAGGCUGCCUAUCGUUGUCACAUUAAAUUUGGGGCAGACAUGCCAUCCCACAGUGUUACAGCUACUAAAAGGAAAAAGUCUAAAUCCUCUGGAAAAUUUUCAAUUAAAUCGAAGAUAAUUAACAGAAAGCAAUCUUUUGAAGAUGAUUAUUCAGUAGCUGUAGGAGUUGCAUGGCAAGUUAGAGACUUGCUUCAGCAUGAGGAUACCAGGAAAGCAAUCUUUAGAUCUCAACCUUUAGAAAUGUUGUUUUUUUCGCUUAAGAUGGUAUCUGAAGUCAGCAUUGAGCAUUGUGGGCAGUAUGAAUACAUAGACAUAUCUCCUGUUUUGGCAUAUAUGGCCCUUGCUCUGCAAAUGACGGUUGAUAAUGUUGGCACAAGUAGUGAAAAGAAUGGUGAUUCCAAGGGGAAGAAAACUAAGAUUGAUUCUUCUACAUUACUUUCAGAGACAGUAUUGGAUCUGACAAUCGAGCACGUGCUCAACUGCUUAGAAAAACUAUUUGGAUCGGAUGACACUGUACAAGAUCACAAUGUGGAUUCACAUAACUUGGAGUCAACAACUGGGAAAAAUCGAAGUUCCAAAAAAAGGAAGAGAACAGGGAAAAAUCAAAAUUCCACAAAAAGGCGAAGGUUAUCUCUGACAAAUGCUGGGUGCCCAAGUAAUGAAGGAUCUGUACACAAUGAACCUCAACAAGUGCUUUGUAAGGUGAAGAUGAUUACUGCUGUUCUCAAGUUCAUGGCUGAUGCCACUGCCAUGUGUUUUGCUCCUCACAACAAUGGAUCAUUCUUGAAUAAUACCUCAAAAUGUAUACAACAUAUCUUGUCUUCGUUGAACCAGCUGUAUCAUCACAAAAUUGAAUUUGAGGAAGAGGAUAAAAAAAAUACUAUAUUUUGCCUGAAAAGCUCUUUCAGCUAUGCUGCAAAAAUACUCAAUGUGAUACUGACUGAUUCUGGUGGAUCCUCCAUAAUGACAUCAAAAGCCUUCACUCUUGCCAAUAACUUGCUUGAUUUAAUUGUUUCGACUGAAUCAUGUUUGGGCUCUGCAUAUGCAUCACGUCUUGUUGCAGCUGCAAAGCCUUGGCUGCCUGAUGUAGUUUUGGCACUGGGAUCUGAAAGUGUUCUACAACACACCGAAAGUGGAAGCGAACAUUUAUUUGCAUCUGAACAAAUGAAGUUACAGUUUCCAAAAUGGCCCUUCAUUGUAGCCAAAACUGUGCUCUCUGCAGUGAAUGAAGGUGAAGGAGAUGGUGAAUGUUCUCAAGCUGAUAAAUUCUCGACAUUCAAUAAACUUACGGCUAUGCUGAUUAUAUUACUUAAAAAGAAUAAGAGUAUAAUGGAUGCAGUUGGGGAUAUUUUCUUGGUUUGUUCACUUAUUGGGCUAGAACAAAAGGACUUUGAGCUGGCAGCAGGACUCUUGCAGUUUGUAUGUUCCAAGUUGUUUAAUCGUGAUGACAGGGAUUGGGGUGACUUGAUGUUGUCUUCUCUGGAAGAAAUAUAUCCUAAGAUAGAGAGGCAAAUUACAGAAGCUAGUGAUAACGAUGAACUGGAGAAAUUAAUGCAUGCAAAGGAGUUGAUUGAACCUCUUUGGACGUAUCAUCUAUAUGAAACUGGAAAGGUCAACAUGACUGAUGAAUAUAAUUAGUUUUCUGUGUUUUGUAUGUCUCUUUGUAGGAAUUCGAGAGUAUAAUUUAUGAAGACCUUUAGACACCUGAUGUACUUUUAUGCUUUUACAAUGAAAAUGUAACAUAAAUGUGAUUUAGUUUGCCAAUA